UAAAAACCAUACACAAUGAAAUCGAAAUACAUUGGAGCUGGUGGCAGUAAAAAGGCCUUUGUUGCUGCUGGUGCCACAACCUUGGGUUUAUUCCUAUUCAACUAUGUACCCAACACCUUCGGUCUGGAAUACUACAAGAACUUUCUGCAAUGCUAUAAAAGUGGAGAACCUGUAAAAAUUUCACCAAAGCUGUUGGCAAGAUUCGAGAAGGCCAAAGAAAUAUGUGGUUUGGAAAACCAUGAAAUGUCUUUGGUCAAACCUUUCUCGGUAUUUGGUUUUGAAGUAUCGCUGGUGGGAUGUACGAAGACACGCUUUGGUGCCAUUGUGGGUAUACCGGCCAAUUUCGAAUAUGACAGUGUCAACGAUAUCAAACGCAGUGAAAUACGUUUUCGUGAUCAAGCCAUUGAUUGGAAAUCGGAAAGUGGUAAAUUCCUAGAGCAGGCACUCAUUCUAAGCGAAGAGGAGCAAAUUUUUGCAUUUUGUAAAGCCCUGCUGCAGGCCAAGACACAUUAUGUUCUAAUGAAUUCGUUGUUUCCAUCGCUAUCGUUUUUAACUGUAUACACCGUGGGUAGUUAUUUGAAUUCAAGUCUGGGUCUUUUGGCCCGACCAUUCAGUUUACGCUUGGUUAUGUAUACAAUAUUGGGUUUAUUUGGUUUGGGUACAUGGUGUUUCAUGAAAGAUUUCAAUCAAGUCACAAUGGAUGCGGAUAUUGACAAGGAAAUGGCUGAGAAAGGUGAAAAGUUUGUACAGGCUGGUAUUAGCUAUUACGAUAAACAGUUGAAGAAGAAUAUUGCCUUGAGAAAUCUGCUGAAAGAUGAUACCUUUACGGCAAAUGGUAAUGUUAAUUAUUUAUUGCGUCAAGAAUCACUGCCAUUGACAAUUCGUAAAUCGUAUUUUGAGGAAAAAUUGCAAGAGAAUGUGGCUGCAAUGAAUUAA